UAAAGUAUCCAUCUUUCAAUUUCAAUGCAUUUUUUCUGUUUUACGAUUGAAUUUCGGUAUAAAUAUUCGUAAUUCAUUAAAGAAAAGAGAUAUUAAAUUAGAGAUUAUAUAUCAAGUGUUUAUCAACAUCACAAGUUAUCAGAUAGGAAGAUGUCGUCAGGAAGGCCGAUUAAAUGUGUAGUGGUGGGCGAUGGGACUGUCGGAAAAACGUGCAUGUUAAUAUCGUAUACCACGGACAGUUUCCCAGGAGAAUAUGUACCAACAGUAUUUGACAAUUAUUCAGCACCAAUGGUUGUGGAUGGAGUAGCCGUAUCCUUAGGACUAUGGGAUACAGCUGGACAAGAGGAUUAUGAUAGAUUGAGACCCUUAAGUUACCCACAAACAGAUGUCUUCCUUAUAUGCUUUAGUGUAACAAGUCCAUCAUCAUAUGAGAAUGUGACUUCAAAAUGGUACCCUGAAAUAAAACAUCACUGCCCUGAUGCACCUAUUAUUCUUGUUGGCACAAAAAUUGAUUUAAGGGAUGAUCGUGAAACACUAAGUCUCCUCUCUGAACAAGGUAUGUCCCCUUUGAAGAGGGAACAAGGACAGAAACUGGCUAAUAAAAUAAGAGCUGUCAAGUAUAUGGAGUGCUCAGCUUUGACACAACGUGGUCUUAAGCAAGUGUUUGAUGAAGCUGUUCGUGCUGUGUUGAGACCAGAACCACAGAAGAGACACCAGAGGAAGUGUUUAAUUAUGUAAAUAUGGCAAAUGUUGACACCAAUAUGUCACACAAGCAGGAAUCUCAAAGCAACAGUAAUAAUAUGUUUCUAAUCCAGUAUUAGAACACUUCAAUUCUAUUACAAAUUCUCAUUAUUAGCAAUUGCCUUAUACAUUUAAUGUGCCAUAAUAUAACUAAAUGGUGAUAUUUCUUCUAUGUGAGACAAAAUUGAUAUUAGCAUCACAACGUAAAUAGUUUUUAAUUUAUGUUCUCUGCUUAUCAAAGCAAAUGAAAAUGCCAAAGAUUUUAGAAUAGAUAUGUAAGUUUCAGUUAUUUUAGUUGCAUUUUAGGAGCUGAGGUUGGAAACAAAUUGUUACUGUUUAUAAAUAUUUGAGAAAUAAUAAUAUUAUUAUUUUUAUAAUAUUAUGGAAUUAUGACCUCAAAAAUUUUGACGUUUCGAAUUAUUCUUAUGCAACUUGUGAAUAAGGACUGACAAUUAGUAAUGAAGCUAGUUAUGUGAAAUGCAUACUCAAAUAAUAAUAAUUUCUUAGUUGCAACCUGCAAGGAUGAAUAUUUUGUAUUGACAGGCAUUUAUAUGAUAACCAUCUGAAUUUUAUAAUAGUUUUCUUCUAUACAUAAAAUACAACUUAGAAAUAAUAACUAGGCACAUAAUAAAAUUAGUAUAACUUAGCUAGAAAUAGCUAAAGAUGGAUAAUUGAAUGCUAUAAAAGUGUAUUUGCCUUAAGAAUGGAUGAAUGUUCUCAGGGUAAGCUACAUCACAAAAAUAAUUAUUUAUUUAAGCUUAAACAGUUGCUUAUUGUUGUUCAAGAAACUUGCAUACAUUUUUGUAACCUACACUGAAGGUACAAGUAUUUUUAUUGCAUAAUUUAUAGCAUUGAAUAUAGAUAACCGGUUUCAAUAAUUUGAUGCAAUGCAUGGCAUAUCAGAUGUAAAGAAAUAAAUAGGUACUUAGAUUGAUAUUUUUUUUGGGGUUUGUUUUUGUAUUUGUAAGUACUUAUAGAUUAACAUUUUUACAAUCAUUUGAAAUUCAUUUAUGUAACUAAUAGUAUUUUUUUGCCAAUAGAUGGAAAUGUGAUGUAAUCAAGUGUUUUAUAGUCUUCUUUUUAGGUCAAAUAUUUUUGUAUGUGAAAAUCAUAGCUUAAGAUGACGACGGCAUUUUAGUGUGAUUAUACCGCAUCGAUAUUACUCAUGAAUACUUUAUAGACUGCUUUGAGUUACAGAAGACGCUUUGAAAUUAAUGUGUAUAUAAACUUUAAUUAUUUAUGUAAUAAGAACAAAUGCGCAAUUUACAAAUAAAUC